AGACGUGUCGCUUUUAAUCAAGUAAUUUUCGCAUCUUUACUUGGAGUCAUCAGUGGUGUUUAUAUAUUCAAUCCGAAAUAUUUUGUGGAAUAUCGAAAGCAGAAUGAAAGAAAAACUGUAACGAAAGAAGCUGAAAAUAAAUAGAACAAUAAUGGAUGACAAAGAAAUAAAAAUUUUAACUUGUAACAAUAUCAAGCCACCAGUGGAAGGUCGAUGCGGAUUUUUUGUCAAACGUAAACAACGAUACUGUAAGAUGUUGCCAGCGAAGGGUAACAGAUACUGUGCAGAACAUUUAAGUCAAGAUAAGCAACAGGACGAAAAUCGUAAAAGAAAAAGAAUAGAUUGUCCACUUGAUCCAAAACACACAGUAUUUGAAGACAAGUUAUCAAAGCAUUUAAAGAAAUGCAACGCUACGCUUAAAACACAACUGCAUUACUUCAGCAACAACAUAAAUUUGGGUAUACCAGAUUAUAUCAUUUCUGAAGAGGAAAAGGUAACUCUAUAUCACACACCAGUCGAAGUCUUACAGCAACUUAUUACAAAGGUGAAAGAAUGCUAUAGAAAUAUCACCAUGGAAACAGUGAAGGAGAACCACAAACAACAUCCAGUGCUUGAUGAAGAAAUGAGUCAGCCAGGAUAUGGUGCUUCUGUUAAAAAACAUCUAAUUCAACAAGCUUCAUUAGUCAGUCUACUUGAUGAUAUGAAUGUUUUACAAAACAGCAUGGCUGUCAUUGAGUUUGGCGCUGGUAGAGGUGCGCUUUCUCAUUGGAUACAAAAAGCCAUGGCCGAUCAAUUAGAUUCAAAGUUUUUCUUAGUUGAUCGUCAACACAACAGAAAUAAGUUGGAUUGUUACCACAAAGGUGAUGACCAAGGUCCAAACUUUGAAAGGUUAAACAUUGAUAUCCAGCAUCUCAAUCUUGCAAAUGUUCUACCGUUGACAAAUAGUGAAUUGGAAAUUGUAGGUGUUGGAAAGCAUCUCUGUGGUGGAGCAACAGAUCUCUCUCUUAGAUGUUUAUUUGAAAAUCAGGAAAAAGAAACCAAGGAGGAGCAACCUUCAAAACGGAUAAAGAAAGGUUCCAUAGCGUCACGAAUACACUCCAUCUUAUUUGCUUUAUGUUGUUAUCACCGUUGUACAUGGUCGACUUACGUUGGCACAAAAUACCUCUCUGAUAAAGGUUUUUCUUCGCUUGAUUUUCAUCGAAUAACAAAGAUGGCUGGCUGGGCGACAUGUGGUUUUGAACGCAGAACAACAGAAACCCAGAAAGAUGAUGAUCGCGUAGCCGAAGAGAAAAUUUCAAAAGAGCAUGAAGAUCGCGCGGUCGAAGAGGAAAAUUCAAAAGAGCAUGACGAUCGCGCGGUCGAAAAGAAAAAUUUAAAAGUGCAUGCUGGUCUUGGUUUAACAUCACAUGAACAAGAAGAAAUCGGACGUAUGUGUAAACGCAUAAUCGAUCACGGACGAUUAGAAUAUAUACGUAGCUAUGGUUACCGCUGUGAACUUAUAAAAUACGUCGAUAAAGAAAUCACUCCGGAAAAUAUAGCGUUAUGUGUGCGACGACGUAAAACCAACGACAGCUGACGUAUCGUGCCGUAUUUAAACUGUUAUACCGAUAGAUGAAAUGAAAUAAAAAUGUUUAAUCAUUCUUAAAGUGAAAAAGCUCUCUUUGUUCUAAAGAUACUGUUGCCUAAAUUAUGUCAUAUUUUUAGCCUGUCAUCAGUAAUUUUGGACAUGAAAUAAUUGAAAAGAUUUGAUGAAAUAAUUAACAUUAUUUCAAUAAUUAACAUGAAAUAAUUGAAAAAAAAGCGUUAACUUCAUCUCGGCAGACUUCCGAAAAUUUUAAGGAUGACUAUCUAACUAGAAAUCCGCAUUGUAUUUAACCACUUCACAUUGACGUACUUUAGGGUCGUCACCUUAAACUUUAGAGGCAUGGGACGAGCAAACAAGCCUAAUGUGUAUGUAUAUUUCUUCACAGAUUGAAAAUUACUGAUGGUCAAGGAUUUGAAGAUUAACUUUAUUUUCAUAUGAUGUUGUAAUUUAUGCCGUAAGAAAAAGACCAAACAAACUUUUCAUCAUUAUUUUGUUUAUUUUAAGAUUUCACUGUUUUUAAGAUUACAUAAACAUGUAUUUACUUAUUUAUUCAAUAUAUUUGAGUAAGUAAUUCCCCUCUGAUGAAAAAAAAAAUUCGCUUUUCUCAAAGGUUUCGAGACUCAUUUAAAGUUUCGAUCUGUGUUUUUUUUUUUCAAAAAAGCAAUGAUAAAAAUCAUAUUUCGAGAGUAGGAAGCAAAUUCCAUCCAUAUUUUACUCACUUUCUAUAUUUAUUGUGUUUUGUUGUUGUUGUUGUCUAUAGACUGACACAAAAAUAACGGACUGGGAACUAGUAUGGGUUUAAAAUCUAAACAUUGUAAUUUUUUAUGAGAGAUUUAUAAAUAACUCUAAAACCGCUCUUCAUCGCA